GGAGGACAGAUCGGAGGCAGAAAGCAGGAGGUGCUCAUUGCGGAGAGCAGGAUGCUGCUCUGACAUGCGGACCGUCAACACACACUGAUCCUCGCCGCGACGUUCACCGGCUGAUCCUGACCGCAGUGCAGCCGAGCAGACCCAGCUGAGAGCCUCCCCAAGCCCCAUCUCCUUCUCCAUUUCCAGCCUGAGACGCUCCCAUCUGGACCGGGCUUUGUCGCCAUGCCACCGGCCGCCUGCUCGGUCAGGUACCGACUCCGCAACACCUUGUGCACGGUGUUGUGGAUAGGGCUGCUGUGGACUAGCGUCUCCGCAGGAGGACAAGAUAAAGUAACCCACACACCUCCUUCCUUACCCUCACCAUCUCCAGUGGUGACAUCAGGGAGCAGAGAGGAAGGCAGCCCCAGAGGCAAAAGCUCCAGUGUUGUGGCAGGUGGCUUGCUCCAGUCAGUGCUGGCCCACAAAGACCGACUCCUCUCCCAGACAGGGGACGUCCUCCCCUCCGCUCUGCCCCAGAAUCUGUUGCCUCUUCUGGGCAGAGGACUGAGCGUGGGCUCCCUUCCCGGAACGCAAUCCCUGGAGCAUCAAGGUGGAGGGUUACUGAAGAGGAUAAAACCCCCAACCUCAGCUUCAGUCUCAGGCCAAGGCAGCGACCCACCUGAGCCUCCUCCCACUGACACAAACUCCCAGAGCCCCAGCCCCGGGCCACAGCCUGUAACAAACAGCCCUGAGCAAGCAGGCGAGAUCGCCACCGUCGCCACAGCGCUGGACAUGGACACAGAGACAGGGACGCCUUCCUCAGCUGUGUCAGAGUGCAUGGUGAAUUUCUCCGACCCAGAAGGCUACAUUGACUCCUCUGACGACCCCCCUCUGCCAGACGGCACGUUCUUACACUGCACCUACACGGUGACUGUGUACACCGGCUAUGGAGUGGAGCUGCAGGUAAAGAGUGUAAACCUGUCUGAGGGCGAGCAGCUGUCUAUCAGAGGUGUGGAUGAGAGCGGUGCCCUGCUGGUCCUGGCCAACCAGACGCUUCUGGUUGAAGGCCAGGUGAUUCGCAGCCCCACCAACACCCUGUCUGUAUACUACCGCUCGGCUCUGGAGGGAAGCAUGGGCAUCUUCCAGCUACACUAUCAGAUUUUCAGGCUGAGCUGUGCCAUGCCGAGGAGGCCUCACUUCGGUGAGGUGUCUGUGUUGGACCUGCUGCCCGGAGGCAUCGCCCGCUUCCACUGCCACAUGGGCUACCACUUGCAAGGAGAGCCGCUGCUCACCUGCCUCAACGCCUCCCUGCCCGUGUGGAGUGCCAAGGAGCCCACCUGCAGGGCUCUUUGCGGGGGCUCUGUGAGGAAUGCCACAGUAGGGAGGGUACUGUCCCCCUCUCCCCACCACGGGCCUAAUGCCACCCAGGACCGCUCCUGCUCCUGGUCCCUGGAGGCACCAAAAGGCCAGAGGCUGCAUCUCCACCUGGAGAGACUGGCCUUGGGACCCACUGACAGGCUGGUGCUGUGGAGCGGUCUGGAUGCUGGCUCUGUGGUGCUGUUUGACUCUGGUCGGGGUGGACAAAUACCAUUUGAGGGAGUGAUCAGUGAAGGUCCAGCUGUAAGGGUCCAAUUCAUCACUGAUCAGCCCAACCACAACACAGGUUUCAACAUCCGCUACGAAGCUUUUGAACGUGGCCAUUGCUACGAGCCGUACCUGCAAAAUGGAAACUUCAGCACCUCUGACCCAUCCUAUGGAGUCGGAGCUGUGGUCCAGUUUAGCUGUGACCCUGGCCACUCUCUCGAGCAAGGCCCCCCUGUUAUUGAGUGCAUUAAUGCUAGGGAUCCAUACUGGAAUGACACAGAGCCACUAUGCAAAGCACAGUGCGGAGGUGACCUGGCUGGUCCAGGAGGAGUUAUUCUGUCUCCAAACUGGCCAGAGUGGUAUGGAGAAGGAGAGGACUGCAGCUGGAGGAUACAUGUAGGGGAGGACAAGCGGGUGCUGCUCGACGUUCAGCUACUGAACAUCAGUGAUAGUGAUAUGCUGACCAUUAUCGAUGGUGACGAGGUUACCACCCGUAUCCUGGGACAAUAUGUUGGAGGAAGCAGUCCCUUCAAGCUUUCCUCCACAACCCCUGACCUGACAGUCACCUUCCACUCCGACCCCGCGGGGCUCGUCUUCGGCAAGGGAGAGGGCUUCAUCAUCAGCUACAUGGAGGUGUCCCGUAAUGACUCUUGUCCUGACCUGCCUGAGAUCCAGAAUGGCUGGAAGACAACAUCCCAUGCUGCUCUGGUGCGAGGGGCGCGCAUCACCUACCAGUGUGAUCCUGGUUAUGAUUUAGUGGGACGAGAGACCCUGACCUGCCAGCUAGACCUCUCCUGGAGCACCCAGCCUCCCUUCUGUGAGAAAAUAAUGUACUGUUCAGACCCAGGCCACGUGGAGCACUCCACCAGGUCUCUGUCGGACCCAAAGCUCCUUGUAGGGACAACCAUUCAGUACAGCUGCAACCCUGGCUUCAUCUUGCAGGGCGGAGCCACUCUCACCUGCUACGGCCGUGAGCCAGGGACUCCUGUGUGGACAUCUCGUCUCCCUCACUGUGUUUCUGAGGACUCGGUUUCCUGUGAGAACCCCGGCCUCCCUGACAAUGGCUACCAGAUACUGUCCAAGCGGCUUUACCUGCCUGGCGAGUCACUCACCUUUGUCUGUUACCAAGGUUACGAGCUCAUUGGAGAGGUUGCAAUUAAAUGCAUCCUUGGAAACCCGUCCUUCUGGAGCGGCCCGCUUCCACUCUGCAGGGCCAACCAUGACUGCUUUGGCAACCAUGCUUUGGAAGUUGCAGAGGCCACUGCAGGCUCCAGUCUGGAUGGAGGGAACAUAGCUCUGGCCAUCUUCAUCCUGGUCCUUUUGCUAUCUGUGUUGCUGGGAGGGGCUUAUGUCUACGUCACACGGUGCCGAUAUCACUCCAACUUGAGGCUGCCUCUUAUCUAUCCCCAUCCUUACCGACAGAUCACUGUGGAGACAGAAUUUGACAACCCACUCUAUGAGACAGGAGGGGACACUCGUGAAUAUGAGGUAUCGAUAUGAGAAGCCUCCCCAUGACAGUUCUGAACCAAGACUGACCCCCUGACUGACCGCCCAUCCUAACUCUUCAUCCUCUCCGCCCUCCUGUUCCUCCCAGGAGGAGGUGAUGUAAAUACAGAUAGAUGAUGUCCAGCCCCUUCUGCCAAGACACAGUGAUCCUCGUCCUUGGACAUGACAGCUUCUAGCGUGAGCAAAGAGGUGACGGGAAUAGGAGAGGAAAUGCGGAGUGGAUGAGGAGCGAAGAGAAUAGGCAGGGGGUCAGUGAUAAGCCUGUGUAGAUCAGUGUCACUGGGACUGGAGGAGGGCACAGAUAAGAUGGAGGAUAGAGGGGAGAGAGAUGAAGAGGAUGCGAGGGGAGAGAGAAAGAGAGAAGAUGGAUAGGAAGAAAAUGUGGACUGGGACAGAAAAGAGGGCAGGAAGGGAGAAGGGGAAGGAACUGGGGACGGGGCGUUGUGUGAGUGAUGCGGGAUGGGGGGAGUUGAUGCACUUGUUACUUUUAUUGUCUCUCACUUGUCAGCUAUUUAGUGAAAAAUCAUUGUGAACAUGAAGAGCAGACAAAGACUGUGCCUCAGCAUAGAUGAAAGAGGACAAGAAGAGAGAGACGUGCAGACAGAUGCUGAGGUGAUGGUUAUUGGGUUGGGUCUUGGAGAUAAUUGGCAGGUAGAGGGGAUGGAUUUUGUUUUCUUUUUUACAUCCACACUCUUGUACUGGCCCAAGUCACCCUCUCAUGUCACAAAAUGCUAAUUACAGGGAGAAAAUAGGGGUCAAUGAUUUACUUCAUUAUUUUCCUUGUCAGUCAGACACAGGAUGUGAGCUGUCUCCUGUCCCCGUCCCUCCUGCCUGCAGUCAUUUUCAAGGCUUUAUACUCCAACAGGUCCAGUUCUGGUUUUAGCCGUAGUCCCGUGGUAUUCAAAUCCAUGACUUAGGGUCAGUGCACUACUGUUUUCUUAUUUCUCACAUGUAGUUAGAUUGAUGACUGUCAUAGACUGGCCACAGAGUCCCAGGUCUGGAGCAGCUGGGAGGGAAGGGAGGGGGGCAUUGUUGCAGAUCUGGAGGUUGUGAUUUGAAUAGCGUAGCUGUAGUAACUGACCUACCUUCAAGUGCAAGCUCAAUCAACCCACCCAGAUGAUGUAUUUAUUUUGAUGUAAAUGUGAUGUUUUAUGCAGAUUGAUAAACGUACAUUUUCAUUAUGAGAAAAGAAGAAAAAUGUUAACAGUUUCCCUAAAUAAAUGGUAAAACUUGAAUAAAAAAACUAUAAAAGAAUCUUUCUAAA